AGGAUAAGCCUAUGCUAUGUUAUUGUUGCUUAUUUUGUAUCCGCACCGGCGUACGAUUGUUGUUGAACCGGCCGUGCCGGCGUAGUUAUGCAACGUGUUUUGAUUACGCUGUUUUAUGUUUUCCGUAAAGCUUCGCUACGUAAUUUAGUGAUGAUUGGCGAAUUCUGAAAGGAUUCCACUUUGUGCCGGAGGCGUGUCUCGUUUAUCGUUUAUAGCCCAAAUACAGGACCUGAGAAACCAGACGAUAAGAUAACGGAAGGAUAUUUAAGAAAGUGUCUCGAGGUGAUUCCGUUUACAAAGUCCACGAUAACAUAAACAACAUGGUGUCUCGUCAAAGAGUUGUUAACUUGCUUCAUCUGGCUACGUCUAGUGCGUGCAAAUGUCCAGCGCAUUCGAACAUAGGCAGAAUAUCGAAUACUUCAGGUGUCCCAUCAAAAGACUAUGCAUUCGAGAUGGCUUCAUCCACCGUUCGUUAUGGAAUUGGGGUGACUAAAGAAGUCGGCAUGGAUAUGGUUAAUAUGAACGCAAAGAACGUAUGCGUUGUAACCGAUGCUAAUCUAGUAAAUUUAGACUGCGUCAAAGUAACUUUGGACUCUUUGGCUAAAAGCGGUGUCAAAUAUGAGGUAUAUGAUAGAACUAGAGUGGAACCAACAGAUACUAGCCUAAUAGAUGCAGCAAACUUUGCGAAGAGCAGAAACUUCGACGCCUUCAUUGCCGUUGGUGGUGGAUCGGUAAUAGAUACUUGCAAAGCAGCCAAUCUGUAUGCAUCCGAUCCAGAAGCCGAGUUCUUGGAUUACGUAAACGCACCCAUCGGGAAAAACAAGCCCGUUAAAGUGACACUAAAACCUAUGAUAGCCAUUCCUACCACUUCCGGAACAGGAAGCGAAACAACAGGUGUCUGCGUCUUCGAUUAUAAACCUCUACACACUAAAACUGGAAUUGCUAAUAGAGCUUUGAGACCAAUCCUGGGAAUCAUAGAUCCUUUGCAUACGCUAACUCAACCUGAAAGAGUUACAGCCUAUAGUGGCUUUGAUGUUUUUUGUCACGCCUUGGAAUCUUUCACUGCUAUUCCUUAUAACGAACGCAGCCCAUGCCCAGAGAACCCUAAACUGCGACCAACCUACCAAGGCCAGAAUCCCAUAUCAGAUGUGUGGGCUAAAUUCGCUCUGAAUAUUAUCAGAGAUAACUUCGAAAGAGCAGUAUACCAUCAGGAUGAUCUAGAGGCGAGAUCGAAGAUGCAUUUGGCCUCGACUAUGGCUGGUGUGGGUUUUGGAAACGCUGGUGUUCAUCUGUGCCAUGGUCUAUCCUAUCCGAUUUCGGGAAACGUCAAGCAUUUUAAGCCUAAAGAUUACAACGAUGAUCAUGCGAUCAUUCCUCAUGGUUUGUCUGUGGUGAUGAGCGCGCCUGCUGUGUUCGAAUUCACAUCACCCGCCUGCCCAGAGAAGCAUCUGGAGGCAGCUGAAAUCUUAGGUGCGGAUAUAUCGAACGCCAAACGGGAGGAUGCUGGUAAAGUCUUAGGAGAUGUGGUCAGGAAGUACAUGUACGCCAUGAAGAUCGAAAACGGUUUAGUUGGAUUAGGGUUCGGAAGUGACGACAUUCCCGGAUUGAUUAAAGGCGCUUUACCACAGGAGAGGAUAAACAAGAUGGCACCAAGGCAGCAGAGCGAAGAGGACAUUGGGAAUUUAUUUGAGAAAUCCUUAUCAGUUUACUAAAGAGAUAGGAAAUGGAGUAAAAUUCGAGCAUAUUCAUUGAAUAUCUACAUUACAUCUUGACAUUUUUUAAUUACAGGAAUAUUAUUACAUCAAAAGCUUUAUAUCUUUCUUCUUUUUUGUUUUAAAUAUUUAUUACGUUUUGUUUAUUAAUUUUAUUCAUCAUUAAUAAUAAUAAUUAAAUUAUUUAAUUAGCAUGUUUGUGCACAUUUAUGAAUACUGCAGAUUAUUUAAUACAAAAUAUAUAUAUGUAUAUGUUGUAGUUCUGGGGUUUGCUAACACCGCUUUGCUCCGCGAAGCACGUCCUGUUAAGUUUUUUCUUUCUUUUAUUCUCUUCUUUCUUCCUAUUUAUAUCUUCCAAUCGUUCUAUUCCUUGUUUGCGCAAAAUCACACGAAAAAAUAAAUAAAU